ACAAAACAAGGUGAUUGUUGAAUAGGUCGAAUCGUUGAAUGCCCAAUGAAUGGUUGUCUUGCUGGGAUUCUUCUUCAAAGUGCAAAGUAUUGAUGGCAUAGAUUUAUUCACAUAUUUUAGAAGCAAGUGUAACAAAUUUCAGUACCUACAGUAUUUGUAAUAGUUGUCAGAGGGAAUAAUAUACUAGGCCUACUUAGGCCUAGCUUUUAAAGUUGUUUUGUUGGAAGAUUAAGUCAUUCCAUGCAAAGGUCGUCUAAAAGUAAUAAUCAUUACAAAGAACAACUUGCUAAUAAAGUUACUAGUAGUACCAAUAUUGGAAAACCGUCAGUGAAUAAUUUUAGGCCCGAAGUCUCAAAGGUUAACAAUUUUGGAAAGGUCAAGGCGGAUACAACGACCGACUUUAGGUCUAAGGAUUUUGAAUUCAAGUAUGUAACAGAAUCAGAACUGCAAGCAGCCGUGAAACAAGUUAGAAGAGCAAGACUCAAGAAGCUAGAUGAAGAGAAAUGGCAACACUUUUUAAGAUGGAAAACUUCCGAAUCAACUGCAUACUCUGAAGAUAAUGACAGUUAUCAAUUCUGUAGAGGAACUAUCAGCCCAAAACAUGAUCUCGCUCACCCUCCCGUCGAGUACAAGCCUGAACGUUUUCAAGAAAUGCCAAAGGUGGAGGAUGAAAUUCAAGAAAAUUUUAAGGGGAUGACAGCACUUCCAUUAGGAGCCAGCAUUAGUGUCAGCGAUAGCAUCGGCCACGCUUAUCAGCUGGGAGGAGUGUUGACCAAGCGACUACAAGACUUGGUGGCAACUGUCGGACGGAUGACAUCACUACUGCUCUCCUCCGUCUCCUCCCGCUCGACAAACUACGAGGACGAGGAUGUUGACCGAGCUAUCAAACGUAGUGUAGAGUUUGAUGCCAUGUUCGCUCGUAACCACCUCUACGAGAUUAAGCGUCUGUUGAAGGAUGCCAAGCAGCUAGUGGUGGGGAAGUGUCCAGGGGAGUUGGACAGCAAACUGUCUGCGGCCCUCAAGUGUGUCAUCCAGGCUAUCCAGGUUUACGCCAAACAUGUGAGUAAGGGAGCCAGAGUGAAGUACCAGCAAGUAGUUCCUAUCUUCCAGAGUAUCUCUACAAUACAGAGUCUCCUGGAGCAGUUGACUGGACAAGUCGGGUUCCCCUUCCGUCAGGAACUGGAGGUGGCGUGCAGUUACAUGAAGCAGGUUCUACUGGAGAUGAGCACGUCGGACACUCAGAGAGUGACGACCGUCGUGAGUCGUAAACCUGUCAGACCAAAGUCCACGGUCGGACACAAGCCCUCGGCUGAUCUGUCCAUGUACAACCGUCGCCGACCAGACUGGAGACGUAAGACUGCCUCCCUAGCACGCGCCAAGUUUGGCCCUCCUUCCAGCAAGAAGCUUGAUCAGAAUGAUACUGUACCAGAUAAGGUUGAUUUGAACAAAAGUAAAGCUGACUUGAUCAAUGUUGAAUCUCAACGCAGUGUCUGUGACAAUGGAAAUGCCGCGGCCAAGGAGGUGCCUCACAGAAGAGCCACGAUGGCCGUGACGGAGGACAACGUCACUACGAUGAUGGAGAUCAUCACUGACGAGCCAAUAGAAGAUGAAGAGUUAUGUCUGGAUGAUAGUGCAUUUGAAGUUCUCAAGAAACUAAACGGAAACAUUGCUCCUUUACCAGAUAAUGUUGAGAGUCAGAAAUUUCCAAAAGAAGAAAAGACCAAAUGUGAAUCUGCGCGUCCUCUAAGUGCCAAAGCAGAGCCCAAAAAUGUUCAGCUCAUCUGCCUUAGAGAAGAUGACCGUCCUACACCCAGCACUGCUGCUGCUGACCCAUUAGCUGUAAUCCACAGUGAGAUCGAAGAUACUAAAACAACAUUAACGAUAGAUGCACAAGAAAAAGUAGAAGCCGACGAAUUUCAUAAAAAGAUGAAUGAAUAUCGGCAAACAAAACCGCACUAUAAAGACGGAAAAGCCCUAACGAUUGUUGACAGGUUGGCAAAUCACAUUCUCGCAGAAAUUGUUAUGGAUUUUCAAAAAGAAGAAAUAAACAAUGUUAUACAAAUGUUGUACAAAUUGGAAUUUCAAUAAAAUAUUUAGAUUGGAACCAUAUGGAAAUCAAACAUUAAAUUAGACUGAUGUACUGAUAAUAGGAUAAAA